AUGGAAACCAUCAGUCAGUUGUCGUUUCCUUACUUUGAAGCUUCGGAGUCAAAAGUUCGGUUAAACAAAUUGAUUGCUACAGACGAACGCAACGAGCAACGAAUAACAGUAUCAAUUGGAGAUGACAGACUAGCACACUUUUCCACAAAAGACGAAAAUGCUAUAAAGGGAGAAGAUAUUGUCAAACUACAACGACCGCUAGAGUAUACAGAAAAUGAGUUUGCAGAAGAAAAAACGCAAUUUCCGCUUCUUUUACAACUAACGCCACAUUGUCACAAGUUAAAACUACACGUCUCACUAAGUAGACCUGAUAAUGUUGAAAGUAAAUCACUUUUGAUAGCGAAAUCUCGGAGCGCAACAGACGUACUUGACCUCAGGAACGCAACAGAAGCAACAAGUACCCUCGUUACAAAUUUAGAAGAAAACAGCGAUAUUUCCAAGAUUGAAUACAAAGAUUUGCCUAUAUCCAAAGAUACCCACGGCUUGCAAAAGUUGAUUAUUAACGAUACAUUUGAUGCGAAAAGUCUAAAUGGCACAAGGUUAGUAGUCUCCUUGUGGGAACACGAUCAAUUGACUGGCAAUUACUCAUAUUGUUUUCAUUUCAGUGUCUAUAUCUCAAAGCUAGAGCAGAAUAUUGAUACAUCUAUUCAUAAUACUGCAAAUACAAAACCUUUAAAGAAUGUGGAAACUUUUAACACUUCUGAUAUCAAUUUAUUGAAAAUUGGGGAUUUUAGAAAAGAAUUCAAAUUUGAUAUCGAAGAUGGCCCUGCUUUCCGAAAGACCUUAUCAGAUCUAGAGAAUGCAAUCCCAUCGGCGCACAAGAUAUACUCCAAACUCAUCGAUGACUUUAAAGUUUUGGAAUCCAAUGUGCGUAGGAUGUCAAGCACAAAGUUUAAGAUUAUUGAAGGGAUCAACCAAUUGGUGGACCUUGAGUCUCAGAGUCUUUUGACUGAACUCAAGUUUAAAGAAAGUUUUCAAAAAGCAUUUCGACGUUUAUUUGAAGCAUUUGAAAUCAAUAUUAAUUUCUUUUUUGACCAUGUUUGUGCCAGUAAACAACUUGUCAAGAUUGAAAAUAGUAUCCCUGCACUCCAAAUCGAUAAUGCAAAUCAAACCGAACUCUCACAAAUGAAAAGACAAUUCGAAAGUGAUUCCAAGGAGUACUAUUCUUGGAUGAACAAGUACCUUGCCAAUGAUAAAGAACGACCCGAUUCAAAACUACUUGCAAAACGAAAAGUAUUUGAACUAUCUAAGUUCGAUUAUUUGAACCAAUUGAGCAAGACCACGAAUAACCAGUAUGUAAAUGAAUUGUGUGAAAACUUGUUUCAAUUUAUCAAUUUGGGAUUUAGCAAGAGUAAUUCUAGAGUAUUGGAUGUGAAAAAGUAUUUGGACAAGAGUUUAAAGCAUGAACUAAUCGGCGACAAUUACCAGAUUUAUUUGCAUGCAUUGACUAGAUUCAAUAGUGAAAAAUAUCAAUUCAGGCAAAAAAUUGAGGCAUGCCAAACAAAUGAGGAAUUGACAAACCUUAUAAGAUACAAUACUUUGAACCACAUGAACCAAGCCGCGGUUAAAAGUCAACUGAAUGAUGCAUUUUUGCAUUUGGCAACGACGGAUGAGUUUAUGGUUACAAAGGAAAACUUUGAUCUCAUAUUUUCCGACAGCAUUCCACCCGCGGAAGGACAUGGAACUGCAUCUGCCACAUCUUCUACAUCUUCUUCUUCUAUGGCAAUUCCUGAUUCUGAUAGCUCAGAAAUGUCUGGAAUAUUAUUUACACUAAAUGGUCAAAAAAAGCAAGGGUGGCACAAGGAAUGGGUUGUACUAAAAAAUGGCCGUUUGAUUGAGUAUGCUGACUGGAGAAAAGGAAAGACCCCAAUUAAUAAACCUAUUGAAGUGGCUCUUUCAAACGUCAAAGCAAUAUCACAUGAUAAACGACAAUACUGCUUUGAAAUUUAUACAUCAACGGGACAACGCCAUGUUUUCCAGGCUUUCGGUAAUGAUGAUCGGAAUAAGUGGGUUAAAGCUUUGUAUAAUGCAGGACAGUUGGUGAAUAAGGAAAGAAUUGAGCAAAGUGUAAAUACUACAACUUCAAGUGGUAAUAUAGCAAAUGCAAAAGACAAAGACAAAGACAAAGGCAAAGAUAAAGAAAAAGACAAAGACAAAGAGCGCUAUCGUGAACGUGAUCGUGAUAGAGAUAAAGAUAGUGACAGAGACAAGCACAAGGAAGAGAAACGAGGAAUGAGGAGAAAUGUUGGGAAAUUAGUGACUGAUUUUGCACUUAAACCAAUUAUUCCUGGCCAGCAUGGUUCAGAUAGGUCUGUUUCUCCAAUUUCCAUUACCUCCAAGAUUCCUAUAGAGAAAGACCAUUUGCAUUUCGUUAGGUCCAUUCCUCAUAGUGACAACCAUAUAUGCGUGGACUGUGGUCUGUUUGAGCUGGUUGAAUGGGUCUCGAUCAACUCUCUAGUCUGUAUGUGUGUCAAUUGUGCAUCUUGCCAUCGAAGUAUAGGUUCCCACAUUACAAAGAUUAGAUCUUUAAAAUUAGACAAAUUUGAAAAUGAGUUGGAAGUCAUGCUAGGGUAUAUCAACAACCGUAAGGUAAACGAGUACUUGGAAUUUGCCGUUUCUGCAAGCGAGAAAUUACAAUCUUCUUCUGAUAUUGAAACUAGAUUGUUAUUCAUUCGCAACAAAUAUGCUGCCAAAAAAUAUAUCCAGCUGGUAGCCGAUGUGGACAAUUCUUUGAUACAAGCAAUUCAAAAGAUCCAAGUUGGUGAUGCACUCAAAUAUAUACUAUGUGGUGCAGAUGUCAACAUUAAUAUCCAAGUGAAAUUGCCAGAUACGAUUGAUACUCAAGUUAUUAGUCUAUUUGAAUAUUCUUUAAGAAAAUACAUUGAGGUGGAUGAAGAUGAAUUGAGACACAAGAAGUUGUUUGUUGUGUCCGAGCUCCUUAUAUUGAAUGGAUGCACAAAUGUUGGUAGCGAGGUUACUAAAUUGAAAACUCAGCAGAUGCUUUCAAACGAUGCUAUUGAUUACUGGAGAAAUCGCUGUUUAAAGAUUUAA